UGUUGUAUUUAUUAUUUUAUGGUUGAAACUACUUGAUAUCCAAAAUUAAGAAUUAAAAAUUAUCAUUUACGGAUUUUUACGGAAAGUACAAAAUUCGGAGGGUGUUAUAUCUGAAAAGCAUCCAAAUUUUUAUGAUAAAGGUCGAGUUUACCCCAGUUUUUCCAAUAAUUACCAUUAUUUUAAAUACCCAUCCUAAGAAAAAAUGAUAGAAGUUACUGCUAAACUUAUUAGAGGACAUGUAUUCUUACAAGGCGAAGUAGUAGAAUGCCUGAUUUCCUUUAGCCAUCCUGUAUCGCCUACUCACAAGGUCUCUCAAAGCCAUGCAGAUGUUUUUGAAAGUCUUGCUUGGGCUUCAGCUCAAAUACAAUGCCAGUGCUUCACGGAUUCAAAAAUUUCAAAAUAUAAAGAGGGUUUAAAAAUUAAGCAGAUUGUUUCAGGAGAUACAGCAUUGAGUACAGUAGGGGGUGAUAAUUCAAGGGUUGAACAAUUUACAAAGCCCAAAAUACUCUUCUGUGAUUUGAGAUUAUCACCUGGACAGUCCAAGACAUUUGUUUACAGAGAGAAAAUUCUUACUGAUUCACCUCCUUCAUAUCGAGGACAGUUAGUAAAGUACUCAUACAAGAUUAUAAUUGGUACUCAGCGAGUAAAUAAUCCAGUUAAACUGUUGAGAGUACCAAUAAGAGUACUGCCUUUAGCUGAAGCUAUAUUAAAUGAGGCUGGAGCGUUGUGUAAUGAAACGACUGAGGAACUAACUCCAACAAACCCAUUUUUAGAGAUAAGACAAAAAGAGAAACCAAUAGAUUUGGCAUUGCAAAGUUUACAAAAUAUAACUGCAAGAAGAAAUCCUAAUUUUUAUAUGAUAUCAAAUAUUUGGGGUAAAGUUGCUAGAUUUUGUUUAUUUAAACCUGCUUAUAAACUUGGAGAAGAUAUUAUUGGAACAUUUGACUUUACUAUAGCUACAGUUAGUUGUAUGCAAGUUUCAGUGUCACUACAAUGUGAAGAGGAGACUACUUUAGAUCCAACAAAUGAAAAAUCAAAACAAGUUAGAGUUAUAACUUUUAGUAAACAACAUGAAGUAUGUUUAGGCUACAAGUAUACCCAAUUGAUACUGCCUAUUCCAUUACAUGUUACACCUGCUUUCACAACAGAUUUAGUCUCAUUAAAAUGGCGACUACAUUUUGAAUUCGUAACCAGUGUACAAAAAGGGUUACAUCCCACUAGUUUAGAGGAAAAUUAUUGGCAAGCCCCCUCCGAGGUUCCUAUUGAAACAAUGGUUUGGAGUCUCCCAAUAAGAUUGUAUUCCACCCUUCCAAUACAUGUAGCACAGGGUGUACAAGGAAAUACCAUUCAAAAGAUAUUAAUAAAAUAAUGUAUUUACCUCAUAAGUUUAUUUGUAUGUAUAUAUCUUAACAUUAAGUAAAUUAAUCUUUAGUUAA